AUGGAGACGUAUCAGCCUACUAGGCCCUUCUUCGGGGUGCUCGACGACUCAACCAGCCCUCUUGGGCAAGUGCGCCUCCCUGUCACCUUCAACAAGUGCGACAACUACCACACUGAGCUCAUUGAUUUCGACGUAGCACAUAUUUGCCUCCCGUACAACGCCAUUUUAGGAUACCCCGCACUCGCCAAGUUCAUGGCGGCGACCCACCACGGCUACAACGUCCACAAGAUGCGUGGCUGCAGCGGUGUCAUCACCGUGGCCUGUGAUGAAAAGGACGCAGUUUGCUCGCUCGAGCAUGCCUACCAUGCCGCCGCAGCUUAG